AAAAUGACCUCAAGCACAACCUACCUGCUGAGAUGGAGGUUUACUUACGGGAAAGUCUACUCCAGGGCAGUUUUAAAUUCCAGUACUUUGCCAUGGCCUUCAACAUGACCAAUCCGCACGGUCGUUGUGUCCACAUGGCCUAUGAGCUGGGUGUGUUCGCGCAUUUGAUUGGUCAGAAAACCGUUGAUCAAAAGAAGCUCCAGGAUGACCUACUGAGGAUCCGGAAUUUGACUUUCUCCAUGCGCGUUAAAAAGUGGAGCACGGUUUUCCAGAGUUAUCCAAGUGAGCUCCCCUGGUACUUGAUGCACCCUUCUAAACAAACCAGCUCAUCCUGCAUGACCAUUGUCUCAAACGACCAGUUGCAGCAGAGAAAAGCGGGCAUCAAAAGCGUUUCCACUACGACCUCUGACCCCUUACACAAACCAGACAGGCCGAGACAGUCCCUGCUGCGCAUGACCAGUCUCCUCAGCUGCCCGCAGGUCAUCUUACACGCCGACGAGUUCUCCACUUCCGGUCCGGAUUCGAAUCUGAUUUUACUCCGGGGCAGACCGGGCAAUGUCGUGCCCAGGAAUCGAUACUUCGAGGAUUUGGACGGCAACGUGACGGUCUGUCUGGAGGACUUCCUGUCCGUGCUGACCCCUGACCCCGCCAAGAGGACAACGAUGGAAAAUGUCCUGGUGUCUGUCCUCUUGCCGAUAUCCAUGCUCUGCUUGCUGGCUUGUUUCGCCGUGUUUUUCGCCUUCGCGGAGCUACGCUCCCUCUCCGGGAAAAACAACAUGCUAUUUAUAGCCGCGCUGUUCUGCUCGCAAGGGGCGCUGUUGCUAGGAUACAUAGUCGAUGACGACAGCAGUUUGUGUGUGGCUUUCGGAGUACUCAAUCAUUAUUUCUGCCUGUGUCUGUUCUGCGCCCUAAUUGUGUGUUCCUACCACGUCUACGCCAUAUUCGCCACCAUGCAUUUAUCCGCGAACACGACAAAGGAAGGGAGAGCAUUAACGUUGUAUUGUUUCUUCACGGGUAUCGCCCCCUUGUUGGUUAUCGCCCUUGUCAUCCUCGUCCACACCACAACGCACCUGCCGUCUGUGGUUUUGGGCUACGGGGGCGGGGCCAUGUGCCUACUCUCGAAACUCACAACACUCUGGGUGUCGCUUUUCCUGCCCCUCGUGAUCUGCCUCGUUAUCGCUAUCGUGCUCUUCGUCCUGACCUGCAUCAGCCUACGUCACAACAUUGACUUGGAGAUCAACGCCGCCGACGAACGACACGUGCAUUUUUAUUUCCGAGCGUCGCUGAUUUCAUUUUUAACGUGGAUGGUCGGCUGUGUGGGAAUAAUCACCUCCCUCCCCAACAUCCGGAUUGCCUUCAUCAUUAUGCAAUGGGUACUGGGGCUCUACGUCUUCGUAACCUUGGUGCUGACCGACCGGGUGACCAGACUCUUGACCGGAUGCUGCUGCGGAAGCCGGCGCCCGCCGAGGGGGCGGACGUCUUUUAAUUUAAAAAUGGAAAACCGCGCCGAAUGCCCGGCCCGGAAACCGUGCAUCGUCGCCACGGGGUUCAGAAAAACGGAAAUGGCCGUCGGCGACUGCGGGGACGCCUGCGGCGCAGACGCCGGCGGUGACGUCAUCGCGGCGUGCGAUCAUCGCAGUCAUUCGGUUACCAUGGAGACGGUGACUUGACUCCCGGAAGCGUAUGAUUAUUAAUUUAACUUCACUUGAUCUGAGGUCACAUGGGCGUCUUAAUGUUGAUCUGCUUGGGGGCGCCGUCGCCUAGCGCCCGAUUUUGUUUUUUUUUCCGUGCGCGCCCUCACCGACUGGUGGCCAGACUAUCACGUGGUAUGCUAGUCAUGUGAUCUAAGGUCACGGUCUAUGGCGAAUUGCUGCUUUGUCAUCUAGAACUACUGCCGGCUUUGUUACCAGUAACAUUUCAGAGAUAACCUACACUUCCUAGUGCCUUGUGUACGAGUCUAUGUAUUAGGUACACGCCGUAUAUGAAUGUCAUGGUGUUGUGUACAUGUUAUGUGUACGAGUCUAUCUGCUAUGUACAAGUCAUGUCAUUGGCAAUGUUUGUUUCUUUCAUGAUUUUCUUGCUUCGGUGUGGGGAGGGGGGGAAGCAUUCAUGAAAAUGCUUAAAGUAUAUAUUUACUAUGAUGAUGAUGAUGAUGAUGAAAUUUGAAAAGUAUAUAUUUACUAUUCAGAUUUCAUCAUCAUCAUCUUUUCCGGUUCGUGCCCAAGACACAUAAGGCAGAUGAAGUAGAGUUUAGUUGUUUCAUUUCCCUCGGCGUACAAGGAGGUAGUGCCCAGCCACCUGUUUCCCUAACUUGAGUCAGGUACCCACUCAGGGAAGUCCUACAGACAUAAGCCCGGGAUCCGAACUUGAGACUUUCGGGCUAGCAUUCAAACACUCUACCAUUCGACCACACCAUUACUAUUUAAAUUUCAUUUUUUUUAAAUCUGGAUAUAAGCCUGAAAGAAACCCUGUGUGUGCGUUAGUUUCUAUGCAAGACAGUUUUUUUUUUACAUGUACGCAAAGUGUCCUUUCAUGUACGCACAUUCAAUACCGAGUUGUGUACACUCUGUUGUUCUGCAUGCUGUAAUGUGUACGCCUGGUGUACAGUCUGCCGCCAUGUUUUACUCUCGUGUACACUGUUGUGACAAGUACACAACGUGACCAGAAAAAAAAUCGGCCUGGAAUUAAUUAAGGAGUUAAUUAAUUA